UCCGUCAACCGUACAGUAUCCGAUUGAAUAAGCGCCAGCGUGGUCGUCCGUUAGUGCCAAUUUCCCAAUAAUUAGAACCGCUUUAUAGUGAUUUGUGAUCGCCCGAGAAUUGUGAUAUUCAAAAAGCAAGGAAAAAUGGUGUCCCGUGUUGCUGCUACCCUGUUGGUUGCCCUGGCCAUGUUUGGAUCCAGCGCGCUUGCCCGACCAGGAUAUGCCGUGGAUUACUAUGAUCACCCCAAGUAUGCCUUCAACUAUGGAGUAGCAGACCACAGCACUGGCGACGUCAAAUCCCAACACGAAACACGAGACGGUGAUGUUGUUAAAGGUCAAUACUCGCUAGUGGAACCGGACGGUUCUGUGCGCACCGUAGACUACACAGCUGAUCCAAUCAAUGGAUUCAAUGCUGUUGUGUCGAAAACCGCCCCGCUGAUCCAUCACCACGCCCCGGUAGUGAAGCACGUUGCUCCAAUUGUGAAGCACGUCGUUCCCGCGCCACUGCCGGCCCACAAGGUGGUCUACGCUCAUGAGCCAGUGGUACAUGUAACCAAAACAUCCCACUACGCCGAACACGAGCCCACCUAUCCCCACUACGGAGACUACCACGAUGGAUACUACGGCCACUACGACGAUAGCCAUUACUACUAAAUAUACCAAAUACACAAGCCAAGAAAAGCUGCCAGUAAACCAGUAGACCCAGUAUGGCUUCGUUCGCCCAACGAAUCGCGAUAGUAUUAAGAGCCAAUCUCACUCUCUCCUCCCAUGGAAAUCGUGUCUCUAUUGUUUGAACCAAAGGCCAAGGUCAUCGCCGGAUCUUGCUCCUAGGUUCACGAAUCCGAACCGCUAAGUGCAACCCAACUAGUUUUAAGCUUGCUGUUAAUGAGUACUCAUACAAAUAAGUUAAGUUCGCUCUUUUACGCUCGCUAGCUGUAUGUAUAUAUGUGAUUUAUCUUUUCCCCUGUGCGUAGCAUUGUGAUUGUUGCCACAAAUUGCACUAAAUUACACACAAAAUACAUCUUGAUCUGUCUGUCUAAUCAUCAACCCAUUACCGGCACUUUUCUCCUCGACAUGACCUUUUGAACGUUUUUCGCCCAAAGAAAUCUUUGUAAACUGUAAUUUUAUUAAAACUGUUUGCUUCUCUCAAGCGAUGUGUUUAAAGCCUGGUUGUUAUUCAUGCCGUUACUUGUUUACGGUCCGAUUGUAGAGUAAAGUUCGAAACCCUGUUUAAAAUGAAAGAAUACAAUGAAAUAAAUGUUUUAUAAAACAA